AUGAGUUCCUUAUCGAAAUUUUUCAAGUCUAAGAAGAAUGAUAAACCAGAGACCCAAACGGCAAUUCAUAAGCUUAGAGAAACACAUGAAAUGCUUACAAAGAAGUCGGCCUUUCUGGAAGGAAAGGUUGAUGAGCAGAUAGCUUUGGCCAAAAAAUACGGUCUGAAAAACAAAAGAAUGGCACUUCAGGCUUUGGCUCGCAAGCGUAACUACGAGAAGCAAUUAGCUCAGAUUGAUGGAACUCUCAAUACAAUUGAUAGUCAUAUCGAAGCUCUCGAAAAUGCUGGAACAAAUGUCGAGGUUCUUAAUGCCAUGCGAUAUGGGUCAAAUGCCUUAAAAAAUGUCCACAAAAACAUGACUGCUGACGAUGUACAGAAUAUUAUGGAUGAUAUACAAGAACAACGAGAUACGUGCCAGGAAAUCUCUAAUGUAAUAUCCACCCCUAUGGGUCUAAAUGCAGACUACGAUGAAGAUGACCUUCUUCGUGAACUUGAAGAGCUUGAGGCUGAUGGUGUUGAACAAAAAUUGCUGGAUAUUAAUCGGAUACCUCAAUUGCCUAAUGUCCCAGAUUCUGAUUUGUCAAUACCUGUAGCAUCCAAAAGUGCACCAAGUAAGAAAGCAAUUGAAGAUGACGAUAUUGGAGCACUUGCUGAAUGGGCUAAUUAA